CCCUUCCUCCUCCUCCCUCCCCCUCACUCCCCCUCCGUCCUUCUGAUCCCCAUUCCUGUCUGGUCUGGCGAGCUCGCCUUGCUCAAACUGCACUGAACUGAAAAUUGCGAGCAGCAAACGACAAGCCUGUGUUGUUAGUUCGUUGGCUCAUUGUGUUGUUGUUUUGUUGUCUUUGUGCGGUGUCCGGUGGCGUACGCUGUCUCCUAGUUCGGCUCGAAUGAUCAGUGAGUGAGGGAGUGAGUGAGGGAGAGAGUAGUGACGGACUAGAAUGAGUGUGUAAAGAGUGAAGGAGUACUGGGAGGCAACUCGGCGUCCGUUGGCGAUUUCUCCCCAGUCGAAUACGGAAAUGAAUUUUAGCAGCAGUCAGGCCAGCGAUAACCCUUAAGGUUCACUGACCUGAGAAUUGUCGCAUCCGCAGGUGAGUGAUGACGGCUGUCGGUGCUCACUGACUUCCUUCGAUUUUUCAUCGUUUGUUCGUUGUGGAAUCAGAAGCCGCUGGCUUGGUUCUACAGGGGGAAGACGACGAGGCACGCUCAGUGUUGAAUUUUGUAUUUGUCGUCUCGUCUCCUGUGCACACGGGAUUAGUCAUAGGGGCUUGGACGGUAAUGCAUUUCACUACCGAAGGCAGCUGAAAAGAGUGUGCAGCCUUUACAUGAAGCUGUGGCUCGUGUAUGGUGUCUCGUGAUAGCAGAGGAUGCAUGCGAAUUCUGGAGCCUCUUUGGCCUGAAGCAAUUUGAGAAUUGCAUAUUUAGCAUGAGCUCUCACGGAGCACUCUGGUUAUGCUAUGAACCACUCUAGAGCACGUUGGAUGGCUCGUCGCGAACUUUUGAUGAUUGUGCAGUCCUUAUCAUUGGACGUAGACCAACACCGACUACGUGAAGCCCACCAAAUGUUGCAUAUUGUGUUUCUUCGUCAGAAGUUACGGUUUUGUUGCAUUAGAGGUUCCAAUAUCUGCCCCCAUCAGUGUGGUGACAGAGUUUUGAAUUUGAACACCGUGAAUCAAAGUGACAUUUGGAGAAUUAUGCCUGUCGAUUUCCAGGUCGGCGACAGGGUUUGGCAUCUACAAACGAAAGGUCAUCAUUUACAUUCGUUUCGUCACUCUUUAAUGCCACUUUUGUGUGGCCUCAUGAGCAGAUUCUCAUUUUUACCCAUGGUGAUGCGAGUCGUCACGCAGUACAGUGCAAUAUUGCCCAUGAUUUGAUUGAGGAGGCUACGAAUCUCCGUGCGAAGUUCUCUGAGUUAUCACGUGUAGUGUUGGCAUGCCGAAAGAUUGUAAAAAUUUUGUGCCGUUCACUGCAACGAACGACUGAUGCGAUGGUCAAGAGUGUGCGCUUGGAUGUGUUUGUACGGGAAGUUCUAAACCAAAGUUAACAGCGAAGAUGAGGCGAAGAAUGGAGUCGCGUGCUCGUGAUUCAACAACUAAGAAAGCCGUUUGAUCACUCGUUAAAUGUUGUGGGUUUUGGUGAGGUUGCAAGCAGCUGAGUACUGAGUACACAUGUACAAUGGGUAAUAUGCAGAGGAUUGAGAGGAAGAAAUCGACGGUUUUCCAAAGUACAUGUGGAUAAGCUGUUCAGAAACUUUUCUUCUCUUUGGAAAAGUAAGGUGGAGUUAACGGAGAAACAUGCUAGGCGAAGUGGAGAGCGUUACUGAUAAGAUGGCGUCUUCAAGUUGUACGUCACCUUCAGUUAACGAGCCGAUGUCAGGAACCGAGCCAACCUCAGCAGAUAGCGUUUCGGAAGAGGAGCUUUCACUGGAUGUAAAACCAAUUAUAGUUGAGACAACACAGGCUCCCUCCUGUACCGAGCUAGUAUCAGUACAGUUACCGGCCAUUAACACGACUACCACGUCUGCAACCCUCAAUGUGCAGAACAAUGAGAAACAACAGGGCGUUAAGAGGAAACGAAAUCUUCCUGGAACCCCAGAUCCAGAUGCUGAAGUAGUCGCACUUUCGCCUAAGACGUUGAUGGCUACUCACAAAUUUACCUGCGAAGUUUGUGGUAGAGGUUUUCAGAGGGAACAGAACCUACAAUUACACAAGCGCGGGCACAAUCUUCCUGGUAGCCUGAAACCUAGAGCUAAUAAAGACAAGGAGAUUCGAAAGAAAGUCUAUGUCUGUCCAGAGCCGACUUGUGUUCAUCAUGAUCCUGCCCGGGCAUUGGGAGAUCUGACCGGCAUAAAGAAACACUUCUGUAGAAAGCACGGAGAGAAGAAAUGGAAGUGCGAUAAGUGCUGUAAAAAGUAUGCGGUUUUGUCAGACUGGAAAGCACAUUCGAAAACAUGUGGGACGCGAGAUUAUAAAUGCGAAUGCGGAAGUAUAUUUUACAGAAGAGAUAGUUUUGUCACUCACAAAGCAUUUUGUGAUGAAUUGGCCGAAGAGAGUGCAAGACUCGCCGCAGGGUCUAGUGAACCUCCUGCCCCCGUUCUUCUCUUGGAUGCUAUGCCUCCUGAGGACAAGGACGAACCUGUCAGCUAUCGACAGCUUCUUGGAGAAGAUGACAUUGACGAUAACGAUCAAGCCGGGGCUUGAACCAGAGAAAAUUAGAAGAUUGAAAGACACUUUGGAGAUUAAAUGUGAAGAAUUUUUCUCAUUGAAAGGUCGAGCACGCUACGCCGCAUGAGAUGAUUUGUAAGAGCCGAGGACGCGUAAGGAAUGGAAACUGCAGAGGUGAAUUGUGCAUCCUUUUUGAAGUACUUUUGCAGCCAUUCCAGCUAGGAACUGGUCCUUUCUGCAACAGAGACUAGUAGAAAGCGUUCCGAUUCUCACACUUCACUUGUAUUGUACUCCGUUAUAGAAGGCCCUGGGAGCUGUUUCCGACUUUGAAAGUUGAGCUAGAGUAUCAACCCCACUCAGCUGCAGCUACCAACCCUUAGAGAUGAGAAGAUCUGCGGUAUACAACCGAGUCUUAUGUACUAUUUAUGGGUUACAUUAGCCCGAAAGGAUGUAGAGCUUUUAGAUGUUCACACGAGCUGAUUAGGAUAUUUUUUGUUUUGUGUUCUGCCUUGAUUUGCAGUGGUUCAUGUUACCAGCACUUUCUGAUGU